AUGGUUUAUGAUUUAGGAUUUGUUGUGGUAAUAAUAAGAUCUGAUAAAGCUACUGGUGUACGGGGAAGAAAAACGUUCGUCAAACUUGGAUGUGAAAGAGGAAGGAAAUACCGGAAAUACAAAGUCGAUGCAUUGCCUAGUGUAUAUGGCACUCGUAAAUGUGAGUGUCCAUUUAGAUUAAAGGGUAGACCAUGUUCAGAUGGAGAUGGAUGGGUGUUGAAUGUGAUGUGUGGACAUCACAAUCAUGAGCUGGCUGAAACUUUAGUUGGACACCCUUAUGCUGGCAGGUUAAAUAUGAGUGAGAAGUCAUUACUGGUUGAUAUGACAAAGAGUAAAGUUACACCUGCAAAUAUUUUAUUAACCCUUAAACAAAACAAUGAUCGAAAUGUCACAACGAUUAAUCAAAUCUACAACGCAAGGCAAACGUAUAAACGAUCAUUAAGAGGGUCCAGAACUGAACUACAACAACUUAUGAUGUUGUUGGACCGGGAUAAGUACGUUCAUUGGAGUAGGUGUGCCGACGAUUCAAAGGUUAUUACUGACAUGUUUUGGACACAUCCUGAUGCGGUGAAAUUGUUAAACUCAUUUAAUGUUGUAUUUAUGAUGGAUUCCACGUAUAAAACAAAUAGAUAUAGACUUCCGUUGCUUGAGAUUGUGGGCAUGACGUGUACAGGUUUGACCUUCUNAGCAGCAUUUGCUUUCUUGUCUAAUGAAAGGCAGAGUAAUUUCACAUGGGCUUUGGAAAAGCUGAAAGGUUUAUUUAUAACAUCUGAGGGUAGUCCUAAAGUCAUUGUCACUGAUCGAGACUUGGCUUUGAUGAAUGNCAUUNCAAAUGUAUUCCCUGGGUCAUAUAAGAUGUUAUGUCGGUUCCACAUCCAUAAAAAUGUUUUAGCUAAAUGCAAAAUGUUAGUUCGUUCUAAAGAGGCUUGGGAUGUGUUGAUGUGUGCAUGGGAAAAUGUGAUGGAUUGCGCUGAUGAGAGGUUGUUUGCUGAGUAUGUGAAUGGUCUUCAAUACGCGAGCAGUGAAUGGCCUUUGUUCUUUGAAUAUGUGAAUGAGAAUUGGAUUAUUCCGUACAGUACAUAUUUUGUAAAGGUAUGGACNAACAAAGUAAUGCAUUUAGGAAACACAACCACAAACAGGGUUGAGUCUGCUCAUGCGAGUUUGAAGACAAUUCUGAGCAAUAGUAUGGGUGAUUUGUGUUCUUGUUGGGAUAGUAUUCAUAACUUCGUUACCAUACAACACAACAAGAUUAAGACGUCAUUUGAAAAAAGUCGGUUGCUCACAAGUGACCUUUUUAAAGGAUACAGAUGCAUUGCUCUUGGAGUAUGCAUGAACCUAGAAGGUCCGAGAGUAUAUAGAUGA